GAGCGCGUGUCGUGCAAGCGGCAGGCUGGCCGUUGCCCCUGGUUACCGCCCGGGCCCCGACGUUCCAUUCGCGCGCCGCCCGCCCCCGCGCGCUCCUGCAGCUGCAAAAGAAGUCCCUGCGCCGUCGGAGGGCGCGCUGCUGGCGGGGGCACGGCGGAGAGGGCGGCAGGAUUUGCCGGUCAGCUGCUGCAAGGUGGUAGUGUGUUCGUUUUGUCUCGUAGUGUUGUUGGAAAGUGGGAAGAAGGAUUGGAGAUGCACCCUUGCGCUUGUUUAGUUACAGCUUUGUCCAUACACACCUGCUGCAUUGCUGUUUUAAUACCAAGCGAUUCAUCAGCUGCUUGAAUCCAAAUGGAAAAGUAUGAGAUCCUUGGGCUGGUGGGAGAAGGAAGCUACGGAAUGGUGAUGAAAUGCCGGAACAAGGAGACCGGCAGAGUCGUUGCCGUCAAGAAGUUUCUGGAAAGCGAGGAUGACAAAAUGGUUAAAAAAAUCGCCAUGAGAGAAAUCAAGCUUCUCAAGCAAUUAAGGCACGAGAACUUGGUGAACCUGCUGGAAGUCUGUAAGAAGAAGAAACGAUGGUAUCUGGUCUUUGAAUUCGUGGACCACACAGUCCUUGAUGAUCUUGAGAUGUUUCCAAAUGGCCUGGAUUACAACAGAGUUCGGAAAUACUUAUUUCAGAUUAUAAAAGGGAUAGGAUUUUGCCAUAGUCAUAAUAUCAUACACCGAGAUAUUAAACCUGAGAAUAUAUUGGUCUCCUAUUCUGGAAUUAUCAAACUCUGCGAUUUUGGAUUUGCUCGAACCCUGGCAGCCCCUGGCGAAGCUUACACAGAUUACGUGGCAACGCGAUGGUAUCGGGCUCCUGAGCUGCUUGUUGGAGAUAUCAAAUAUGGCAAGGCUGUUGAUGUGUGGGCCAUUGGCUGCCUGGUAACAGAAAUGCUUACCGGAGAGGCGCUUUUCCCUGGAGACUCGGAUAUUGACCAAUUGUACCAUAUUAUGAAAUGUUUGGGUAACUUAAUCCCAAGGCACCAAGAGUUGUUCUACAAAAACCCUCUUUUUGCUGGAGUGCGGUUGCCUGAAGUCAAGGAACUCGAACCUCUUGAAAAACGAUAUCCCAAACUCUCUGUUGCCGUCAUAGAAUUUGCUAAGCAAUGUCUCCAGACUGAUCCGGACAAAAGACCAUCCUGUACUGAGCUGCUGCAGUGUGAUCUGUUCAACAAAGAUUCCUUCACUGAAAGGUUCACCCAGGAACUUAAAGCAAAGAUCCAGAAAGAAAGAGACCACCCUUUGCCCAAGAAAUCGAAAAUAAGCAGGAAAGACAAAGACGAUUCCGGUGAUGAAAAGAAAACGCUGGUAAUCCAGGACUUGGGCAUGGAAUCCAAGCUGAAAGACUCCAAGCUGUUCAGAAUGAAGUUGUCCAAGGUUGACGCCGAGAAAUCGGACAGAUCUUCAAAUGCGAGUUUCCUGUAUGAGAGUGGAGCUGGGCAGGUCAAGGCGAUUCCUUCGACAACUUUGAAAGAUUCCAGUAGCAGCCUGGAUUAUGUGAAAAAUCCCGGCACGGUGAUCCCUCCCAUUACACAGAAUUAUUCCACCAUAUCCUCCAGCAUCGGUGGAAACCCUGGCUUGGGGUCAAAACUGGGAAUGCAUAAUUACAGGAUUGAUGAGAAGUCUAAAAGAUACCUCAACCCUUUCCUAAAGCAAGGGAAAAAAUCACCAGUAGGACACUAUAGCAUCAACCUGACAGCAUCGGUCUCGAAUGAAAACAACGUUCUUCAGACAAACAAGAAAAGAUGGGAGUUUUCCAAAACAGAUGUACGUUUGCCAGAGCUUAACUACGGCUAUCUCCCUGAACUCAAAGGUGUGGACGCUCGGAAUUCCAGAUUUCUGAAGAAAGAAAACAAAAUUGUUUCCGAGUCUCGCAUGCCGUCUCUCGCCACAAUAGACCUUCAGAACCCAAGCCUUGCCCUGCACCAGGUAUCUGGAAUAUCUCUGCAAGACGCUUCAGACUCCACUUUCCCCAGAGUAGAGCAUUAACGUCAAGUGAGACGGAAGGGUCUCGAUCCUGCAAGUGUCUGCAGUGCUUCUACACCCCUGUUGCCUUUUGGGAAGUGCAGAAUCCCUUUGAGGAGGAUAUACAUGGGAACAGGGGUGGGGCGUGUGUUUUCACCACAUUCUAGGUAAUGGCAGCAAAAGGAAACAAACAUUCCCAGUUUCUUUACAGUUGCCAAGGUGCUAUAAGACUAUAAUGUAUAUAAAAUGUCAUCUGGAUUGAAUUAUUUCAGUGCGUCUGGGGGAAACGAUACCAGUCAUGGCAGUGUCAGGCUUUUAUGAGUUUUGAGUACUGCCCGGCGUCUUUUCCCGGAAGAGGUCUGGGAGUAACGUAGCUAUUUUUUCAGAAUCCUAGUACAAAUGUGAAGCGCUUCAGUACUUGAACGGCUCCCUGGCACUCGUUACACUUUCUCCAGGAAAGAAUCUUUCGUCACAUGCAAAUAUUGUCAAGUGAGACGUGGAAAUGUGUGUUUGUAAACUGCUAAGCAUGAUGUGCUGGUUUCCUGCCUCAAACUUCCUCACGGGGAGUCUGCUUUUGUGUUUUGCAAACGUGCGUUUCUUGCUUGGCGGAGCUUUCCAUUCUAGAAUCCCACAGCGUAUGCCGCAAACUCCCUUUCUGUAUAAUGCGCAGAUCAAAGCCCUAAGAACUCAGUAAUAUUAAAAACGGCCUUUGCAAAUUCCUCUUUCAUCUUACGAGAAAUGAAUAUUUCAUACCUGCAGUAUAGAUAUAUUCAUCUGUGAGGCCAGUGCUACAGGAGUAGCUUUGUCAGAAACAGCUUGCAUGAUGCUGCAAUGUUAGAUCAUAUAGUUUUUGCAAUCUCUAAAGGAAAGAAAGGAUUUUAACUGUUGUCAAUGCUGACUUGUGCAUGUGGUGGCUACAUAACAGAUUACUUCUAAGUAGUUCUCCUCGGGUUCCCACUAACCAUAAUAAGAUGUGUAUACUGAUUGCUGCUCAGAUUGUAAGAGUACCUGAAAUCUUCUGUAGCAGUUAUGUACGUCAGGAGGUCCUACACAC